CACCCUGUAUUACUAAAAAAACUUUGUUUCGUAGGUUCAAACUACCUCUGGAGUAUGGACGAGUUGUUCCCGGUCUUCCAUUUUGUAGUGGUGCGCGCGCGCGUCUUACAACUCGGCUCGGAGAUACACUUCGUGGAAGAUUUCCUCGAGCCCGCCGUGCAGCAUGGAGAAUUAGGCCUUAUGUUCACGACGUUAAAGGCAUGCUACUUCCAAAUACUUCAAGAGAAGAUGUCGAUCAACUAGUAGAAAAAUAAAUUAUGGUUCGAAACGCAAUGAUCUCGCAAUACGUAAUGGUGCGUUGUAUUAUGUCUGUUCAAUACAAUUCAAUGAAAAUUUCAAGGAAUUUUGAAUUUUAAAAGCUACUUUAUUUAAUUGAAAAAAAAAGACCUUCUUUUUAAUUUCUUCCAUUCAGACAUUUUGAUGUCGAAUUCUUAUUUUUCCAUGUCUUACCUUCAUAAUAUCUUUUUGGUUUUUUAUUGGAUUUUCAUGGAAUUUUAUGGGACAGGUAUUAUAGUUAUUAGCUUUCGCAAUAAUUUGCCGAUUUACAUACGCUAGGUGUUCAUUAAAUUAGGCGGAAAUUACUAUACAUAUAAUAUUGUUAGCUUAUUACUAGUAACUAAAAUGUCUACAUUAUAGAAUGAAAGGUAAAGUAUAUAGGGAUGAAUUUUCCAAAUGUAUGCGAAACUAUAAGAAAUAGUAGUUCAAUAACUGAAACUAAAAGAAAUAGAAUAGCUUAAUAAUAUUAAUAGGGGGUCUAAUGAAUUUUAAAAUGGAGUCAUCACAUUUGAAGUUACUUAAUUACUUUCAUGACCUAUAUUUUUUUAACCCCAUACAUAAAAUAUCAAUUAACAACUUAUAAUAAUUUGUUGACAUGGAAAAUUCAUCCUGUAUCUACCUGUUUGAAACAAAUGUAGAUUAUUUUCAUUUCUUUUUACAGCUACCAUGUAGUUGUCAUGUGUGUGUAUUAAUAAUGAAAUUAUUAUUUUUAUCAUGGUAUUGGUGUCCAAAAAAUAUUUUUAA